CCCUUGCGCAGCGAGGAUGAGCGCACGGAUAUCCAAAUCAAACCCCGCCAUGAAACUGAUCCUGCUCUUCACUGCGUCGCUCUCCUGGGCCUUCCAGCAGCCUGCUGACCCCCCAAAGUACCAGUACCGGGACCCUGUGACCUCUGACCUCCUGCUCUGCGACCAGUGCCCUCCAGGCACCGCAGUGAGACGACACUGCACCGCCAACACGCCGACAGAGUGUCAGGCAUGUCCGGAAAGGCACUUCGCUGAGAACUGGCACUGGGGCGACGCGUGCCAGUACUGCACCGCGGUGUGUAAGGAGCGGCAGCUCGUAAAGCAGGAGUGCAACAGCACCCACGACCAGGUGUGUGAAUGCGCGCCAGGUUUCUUUCUCAUGGUGGAGUUCUGCAUCACGCACAGUCCCUGCCCACCUGGCUACGGAGUGGCAGCGUUAGGAACGCCGUCGAGCGACACCGUGUGCGAUCGCUGUCCCGCCGGUCACUACUCUGCCUCCAGCUCGGCGAGCGAGCCGUGCAAGCCUCACAGGAACUGCUCGGCCUCGGGCCUGAAGACGCUCCGCUGGGGGACAUCCAGCUAUGACAGCGUGUGCAGCCACGACAUGACGGUGGAGUGCUCUCGCCAUCCCAGCCCGUGCCAGACAGAUUUCACCCUGUGUGAGGAGGCCGUGUUCCAGUCGCUGGCCUCUCUGCGGCUGUCCUCCGUGCCUCUGGAGCGGCUCCUGGAGAGUCUGCCUGGCCGCAGGGUGGAUCUGAAGAGCCUGGAGAGGCUGAAGAAGUCCUGCUCUCCUCAGCAGCAGGUCCUCCAGCUGCUGCGGCUGUGGCGGGAGCAGAACAAGGACCAGGACAAGCUUUACGGCAUCAUCCAAGGUGUCAAUCACUGUGAGAAGAGGGUCUCCCGCUGCCACAACCUGAAGAACCUGACGCUGGACGAUCUCCUGAAAGUGACCCACAGCUUGCCCGGAGUCCAGGUCCACCCAGAGGACGUGCGAGCCAUUGUCAGCACCUGCCCGCCCAGACAGUACAUCCUCCAGCUGCUUCACCUCUGGAAAUCAGCAAACUACGAACUGGACCUGGCCAAGGGCCUGGCUCACAGCCUGAGGUCCCUGCGCAGCCAGGGGGCACCACGAGCCCUGCUCAAGGGGCUGAAGAAGAUCGGCCGCAUCAUGGGAGCAGCGUCCACUCACAAGAAGUACGAAAAGAUGUUUCUCAGUAUGCUCCAGAGCGACUUGUGUUUUAAAAGUCUAAAGACUCUGAAUGAAUGAUUACAUGCGGCGGAAGAGACUCAAAGGCAUCGUCAGAUCAGACACCCAAAAUAUUCCGCUGCAACAUUUCAAACAAAAAAAAAAACUCCUGUAACAAUUACAAUGUUGUCGAAUGUUAAAUUAUACACACAUGGAUGUUUAUAAUUUUAAAACCACUGUCUUAAAAAUGAAAAAAGAAACAUUGCUGAUAAACUCCCAGAAAAGCUCAUUGGAUAUUUUUGGACCAGAAUCUGUGAAAAAUCUCUAUUUAAGUUGUAAAUAAAAUGCUAUUUUAUGGUCGAGGAGGUGAUAGAUAUCUUUGUUAUGACGGCUUGUUUUCACUGUUUUAGACCGAAGGAUUGAGGUUUCAUAAUGAAAUUUCUUUGUCGGACUGUUCUGCUCAUCUGUUUUUUAAUUGUCAGCUUGAUGAAUGUACAAAGGAGUGCAAUUGUUUCUAUUUAAAAAGAAGUACUUGUUUGAUAGUGUAAAAAUAAAAGGCUCAAGACUUUAUCUGAUAUACUGGAUU